GUAAUCGAGAGAGAUCUUCACUAUAAAACGUUGCCGAUUUCGGAAUCGUAAUCACUGCGUCCUGCGACAGCAACAACAGAUCAUCCGGUGCUCGUCUUCUGGAAGUCCAAGUUCAUGGCUUCCAAACUGUUUGGGUUGUUGCUUUUGACGGCUUUGUUCGCCUACAGUGCGGCCACUUUUGGCAAAGAACAUGUACACAUAAGGAUCCAUGUCCCGGAACCAGCCCAUCAUCAUGACCAUCAUGACCAUCACGACCACCACCAUGAAGAAAUAGUUCACCACCAUCACGACGAUGGAGGCGGCUUCGGCGGUGGAUUUGGUGGCGGCUUCGGUGGCGGUGGCGGUGGAGGCCACCACCACCAUCACGGAGGCGGCGAUGGGGGCAAAAUUAUAAUACUGCAACAAGAUGGUGGCGGCCACGGCGGCGGCGGCGGAUUCGGAGGCGGUUUUGGCGGAGGACACGAUGAUCACCACCACGGAGGUGGUGGCGGUUUUGGCGGCGGAUUCGGAGGCGGUUUCGGUGGAGGUCAUGAUGACCACCACGGAGGCGGCGGAUUCGGCGGUGGCGGAUUUGGAGGCGGACAUGAUGACCACCAUGGAGGUGGAGGAUUUGGCGGUGGAUUCGGCGGAGGUUUCGGAGGCGGCCACGAUGAUCACCACGGAGGUGGCGGCUUCGGCGGAGGCGGCGGUUUCGGAGGCGGCCAUGACGAUCACCACGGAGGUGGUGGCGGAUUCGGAGGUGGUUUCGGAGGCGGAUUUGGCGGCGGACACGAUGAUCACCACGGAGGUGGUGGAUACGGCGGCGGCGGCGGCGGUGGAUUUGGAGGAGGUUUCGGAGGCGGCCACGACGAUCACCACGGAGGAGGUGGUGGAUACGGCGGCGGCGGAGGCGGUGGAUUUGGAGGAGGAUUUGGAGGUGGCCACGACGAUCACCACGGAGGUGGUGGAUACGGUGGCGGCGGAGGCGGUGGAUUUGGAGGAGGUUUCGGAGGCGGCCAUGACGAUCACCACGGUGGUGGUGGAUACGGCGGUGGCGGAGGCGGCGGAUUUGGAGGCGGCCACGAUGAUCACCACGGAGGUGGUGGUGGCGGAUUUGGAGGAGGUUUCGGAGGCGGAUUUGGAGGUGGACACGAUGACCAUCAUGGAGGCGGCGGAUUUGGCGGCGGCGGUGGUUAUGGCGGAGGAGGCGGCCACGGUGGCGGUCACACGACUAUCAUACUGAAAGGAGGCGCCGGAUUUUUAGGAGGUGGAGGCGGUGGCCACCAUGGUGGUGGCGGAUUUGGCGGAGGCGGCGGCCACCACGGCGGUGGCGGAUUUGGAGGUGGAUAUGGAGGAGGCCACGGCGGCGGUGGCGGUUUCGGAGGAGGAUUUGGAGGCGGCCACGGCGGUGGCGGCGGUCAUCAUGGCGGUUAUGACAAAUAG